AUGACAGAAACUGAUAUAGACAAGUUGUCUGAAGUACAUUCACAAAUAACAGCAGAGCAACUUCUAUCAGAAGCCUACGAGUAUCGACAGACCCCGCUAAAAACACCCGAUUAUAAGAUUGCAGAUCUUGAUGAGCUACACGACUUCGAGAGAAGGAAACGUCAAGAAUAUGAAGAUGCAUUAAGAAGAAAUCGGUUUGAUAUCGGGCAAUGGAUGAGAUAUGCCCAGUUUGAGGUGGAUCAACAUGAUAUGCCUAGAGCUCGAUCAAUUUUAGAGAGGGCUUUAGAGGUAGAUAAUACAAAUGUGUCGUUAUGGAUUAGAUAUACACACUUUGAGAUUAAGGGGAAGAAUAUAAAUCAUGCUAGAAACUUGUUGGAAAGGGCUACAUCCGUUUUACCUAGAGUAGAUAAGUUAUGGUACCAAUACGUAUCGGUGGAAGAAAAUCUCGGUAACGUAAUAGCGGCGAGGGCCGUGUUUCGCAAAUGGCUUCAGUGGAAACCGGGUUUUGAGGUGUGGAGGCACUAUAUCGAAUUCGAAGAAAGGUAUAAAGAGUACGAUAAUUGUCGUUUGAUAUUUGAGAAAUAUACUACUGUUUAUCCGAAUGCAAGUACGUGGCUAUAUUGGGCUGCAUUCGAGAAGAAGCAUGGCGAUGCGACAAAUGUGAAAAAUGUCUAUAAGCUCGGUCUCAACGGUAUUUAUGAACUUGGAGGAUUGACAGCAGAAUUUAUCUUAUCUUGGAUAUCAUGGGAAUCUACCAUUGGGGAAGAAGUUGCCAUCAGACGGCUUUUUGAAUUUGGUAUCAAGACAUUGAAUGAGAACGAGGUUCGAAAACUUCAAGACGAUUAUUCAAAAUUUGUGAAGAAAUAUGGAAGUACUCAAGAUAUAGAAGACUCUGUUCUAAAUGGAAGGAAACUUAAAUACGAAAGUAAACUUUCAAGCAAUCCAGAAGACUUCGAAACUUGGUGUUUGUAUCUAGAUCUCAUAAGUGAUCCCCUAAUUCAUCUUCCACCGUCAGAAAUCGAAAAGAAAUUUGAACUUGCUAUCUCAAAAAGACCCUCUUCAUCACGAAAGGAUGAUUGGCUACCUUAUAUAUAUGUUUGGUUCAGGUAUAUUACUUGGGAAAAGUCGAGAAGCGAAGAUAUAGAACUGUUAAGAUCGAUUUAUCGUCGGGUGAUCAAAAUAAUUCCUCAUAAGUCAUUCACCUUUCCGAAAGUGUGGAUUGGAUUUGCUGAACUUGAAGUUAAGCACAAUAAUUUGGCUGAGGCACGUAGGGUGUUAGGACAAUCAAUGGGAAUGUGCCCGGAUAAGGAGGUCAUGAAUUAUUAUAUUACAUUAGAGUCAAAUAUGAAUCAGUUUGACAGAGUGAGGACAAUCUUCAAUAAGCUAAUAGAAAACUUCUCCGAUGAAGAAGAUUGUUGGGAAGCCUAUGUACAGUUCGAAAGCCAAUUAGGUGAAACAGAAAGGGCUGAUGCAUUAAAAAAUCUAUCUAGGGAAUACCUACAGAAACCAGAUGAUGAGGACAGUCAGAUUGCAAAAGCAGAGCACCCAAAAGUACUCGAAAGUAUGUCACCCGUACGAGUACCCUUCAAAAGCAGGUUUGAAGAAGGCUAA